ACAGGGCGAAAAAGAGGGAGGGAGAAAUGGCGAGAUAGAGACAGCCUAUCACCAAUACUUCACAGAUGUGUAUACUCUACGUAUACAAACCCGUCAACUUAUGACGAUGCUUUCUCCAAAGAUUGAUCUGCGCCUCCUUAACUAGUAACGAUGGGUAUGGCGGCCUAAAUCAAAUCAUGUCGUUCAAACAAAUUAUCAGGCCUAGCCGUUUGUGACAUACCACACAAUCUGAACUUAAAGCUAACGUACCGAGCGUCAACAUCGCCGGUAAACAAAGCAAGCUGUCGACACAACAUUUUUCGCGUUUGCUGCAAUCCGGAUCAAACUGUCGCCCGAUCUGGCGGCGUCACGUGACCAGGUGUGCUGCGCAGUGAACAUUGGUUCAACUGAUGGACACGAUUGAUCAUUGAAUUUUUACCUCAGCGUAUUUGAAAUGGAUAACAAAACAUUCCCUGUGUCGAGAUGGACUUUGCUGUUAUUGUGUUUAUGUGUGUGUGGCGUUAGAUACUCAGAUGCGAUCGGCUGUUCCCAGUGCAACGUGUUCAGUCAGGGGGUAACCAACACGUGCGACAACCCGCGGCAAAUGACCGACUGCUUCGCCUGCCUCAAAACAUACACAAAAGUCCGGCUCCACGCCAGGAUGGGGGAGUACUCAUAUUCAGAGGUGAUAUCGCGAUAUUGCAUCAAACAAUCGGCGACUGCAUUGGUUCGGGACGCCGGCUGCUACUACCAGAAAAACAACGGCGGCUACACUGAACGUUGUUACUGCUACGAGGACAACUGCAACAGCCCUGCAACGACAUUCACACUGUCUUCUCUAACUGUAUUAAUGGUCAUCGGAGCCAGAAUAACCAUGUGGUAAAGGGAGAUAAUUCGCUACUGGCAUCACAGAGUUGUCUUCCUUGAAUGUUGUCUCCACCCGUAAACAACAAUUCGACAAAAUGUAACGAGUAGUGAUGAAUGGUUCUUUUCAAAGAAGAGGAACAUUCGUUCAUAUCUUGUGAUUUCAGAUUCAUUUGGAAUGUGCAAUCAAAUUGGAUCGUAAUACAUUUUCCGGAAGCAGUGAAUAUUAUUACCGUGGCGUUGAGUAUGAUACAAAUCCAUAUUGCUGUCGAUAUACACGCCUGGUGCAUUCCAAAUGUGAUCACCCAGUGAUUCUCUAGGUAAUCAGUGUGUAUGUCGAUACAUUUAAUUAUGAAAACGGUGGCAGCUGAAGCAAUUCUAUGCGUAAACACAAUGAUUUAAAGACAGGUAUUAUUUGAUUCAUUUUCAAAGCCAGAGAUGCCUUGAAGGUCGUAUUAUGCAACAGGGCAACAUUAAGGCUGGCGGAGUUGCCUCCCCUAGACCUGCGAUAGUUCUACAAUGGAUACCAAGCACAGUUAAGGUGAAUCCGGGCCACUCUGUUCGUUUUAUUAUUUCAUGUUUAUUUUACCAUUAGCACCAUAAGGGUCACUUGGCUGUGUGUUCGAAUCUCGGCUUCACUCUGACAAUGAUCCUCGGUCUGUCAGUACCAUACACGUACUCAUGGGUUUCACAAAUGGGACCUUCCCCUCACGCUUCCGUGUCUUUGAUGCAAUACUAUUUAGAAACUUUUUAGUGUUAAAUGCAACCUGCUCCAAAUAAUGGGACCGGUUUUAAGUGAAUGAAUUAUUGUUAAUGUCUUAAGUGUUAGACCACAACAAUUUGAUAACUUAUUUAUAUGAACUUUCUACUUUCUAAUGAGAUGAAAAUUACUGCUCCAAGAUACUUGUCUGUAGAAAUAUAAUUCCUGCAGUUUAAAAUCAUUUCAUAACAUGUUCACAUGACAGACCUGAUCGUGUUACACUAUAUUGUUACACUAUACAGUAUCUGGUUGUAUGGAAGAUGACAAUUUAUUACCCCAAAUCAUAUACAGUAUGUUCAUCGUGAAAUCGCCCAGAGUUUCCGUUUUAGAACCAGUGUUACGCAUUAAUGUCAUUUCCAUGUAUAUGGUAUUUCCCACGGUAACAGUGCACUGUUUGCUCAAUCGUUUAAGGCUCUAUGAAGAGUUGCGUCCCUUAGGUCUACCUAAACCUAUUUUCGCGGGUUCGAAUACCAGUUUCUCCCUAAUAAUGUUUCUACGUUCACUGGCAUCAUACCCGUGCUCGUGGGCUUUAUCAAAGUGGUAAACGGCUAAAAUCUACACAUCAAGCUGACACGACGCGAUAUAUACGGCGUUUAAACUCUCUCACACACUAAAUAACUGUAAUCGCUGGGCUGACAACAUGCCAACUUUGGGUUUCACUAUCAUUAAUAUGUAUUCAUUUUUCGUUUAGAAAGAUGGUUUAUUGUUAUAUUGCUUCCUCAUACUCAAAAUAUAUUUGCUGAUGAUGAGAACAUACAUAGACCCCAUCAAUGUACAUCAGUGACGUGAAACACUCAUGAAAUCAUUCAGUUAUAAUUAUAAGUAGGGAGCAGGGACGGCUCAGUCGUCGCGCAUUUCUCUGUGCAGAGUUGCCUUCCUUCCUAUCAUCGUGGGUUCGAAUCCCAACUCACUCACUCAUUAUAGGUAACACGUGACAGAAACUAAAACCAUUUAUGGUGUAAUCGUGUAUAGGUCUAAAUAGCAUUACGUCGAAACCCUUAUCCAUAUCAUUAUUUUGAUUUGAGGUAAUAUUAAUUGAGUUUAAAUAGGUUUCCUGCCCAGCUCUUGGCUUAUAAAGUGCAUAAAUAAUUUAUACUUAAAUACACGUUUUGUAUCAAAGAUUUCAAGGCCCAUAGCAGUUUGGUUUCGUCAAUAAGUCUUGGAUUCGUCUUUGCGACAUUUUACCGACCGAAGGUCGGGACAGUGUAUUUUCUUAAUAUUUAAUUGGCCUUUUCUUGUUAUGUUUAAGAUUUCUUUUCAUUCAAAACAUGUUUUUUAUUCGUAUGAUGGACGUAUGGAAAAAAGUUUGGACAUUGCAUUUCUGAUUUAUUCAAAUGUUUUUGUUUGCAUUGAAAAUCUCGGGGUAUUCAAUAAAUGAGUAUUUGAAAACAAUAGGUCAUCUACCAAAUAUUUAAGGACCGAACAUACACCUAUGAUGAUGUUACCCAUUUACAUGUAUUGUUUUGUCUAAUUUUCAAUUCGUAUGACUACAAAUUCAUAAUCAUGUGUGUGUAUUUCAUUGACGUGUAUGCAAUGUUUUAUAUACUUAAUAGUAAACUGAUGUUGCGUUUUUCUUUGUAAAUAUCACCAGUUCAUAACGGUCGUAUAUAUCAUGCUUUCAUACAGUUUAUUAAAAAAAAUAAUAAACAUC